GCAGAGGAGGGGGAUCCUCCCACAAUGCCUCCAGCACCCCCAACUCCACCUGCUAAAAGGAAGAGCAAAUUCUCCGGAAUAGGAAAACUCUUUAAGCCGUGGAAGUGGAGGAAGAGAAAGAGCAGUGAUAAUUUUCGUGAGACUUCCGAAGUUCUGGAAAGGAAGAUCUCUAUGAGAAAGCCCAAAGAAGAACUAAUAAAAAGAGGAGUCCUCAUUGAACUACCAGAAGAAGAUAUCCCUGUGACAGCAGAAUCUCCUCCUCUGAGGAAUGGCCACAUGAGCCAGAGGACAGCAGAGCCACAAGAAAAAGACAAGAGUCUAAAGCGGAGCAGUCGGCAAGAUUCCGUGGGAUCCCGUCCCAAUUCACAGGUGGAACCUGCACAACAAAACUUGCGAGAGCCCUCCAAACAACCUCUGCUUCCUCCUAAAAGACCGCUGUCCACCUCUGUCUCUACUGGUCAUAAUCAGAAUGAGGGGCAAAAAGUAGAGCAGAACCCCACUGUAACACGAUUGCCGAGCUCAGCCCCCAACCCUGCACCUAGGACACUACACCCAGCACCUAAACAACCUCCAGUACCACCUCCUAAGCCACAGAACAGAAACAGCAACCCAUUAAUGGCAGAGCUGUGCCAGGCAUUGGCAGGAAAUACACUAACGCCAGUUGGCUCCCGUCCCUCUCCUCCACUGCCUGCAAAACGAGGCCCUCCCCCUGCUACAGAUGUCAUCAGCAACAGAGAAAAGACUACGUCCAUAUUGAUCCCACCACCACCUGCAAAUGAACCUACUGUUCCUUCUUUGCCAUCACCAACACUUCCCCCACAAUCACUUGCUUUACAUCCAUCACCACCUGAAGAUCCAUUGCCAGUGGAGGUUCAUCCCCCAAGAAAGGAGGAGGAAAAAGAAGAAACAUCACUUACUGUGCCAUUGCUUCCUCUUCAUAUACGCAUUCAGCAGGCUCUCAACAGUCCUCAGCCUUUGCCUGUCAUAGAUAAUGCCCAGAGGGCACACUCUCUUUCUUUUUUUCCAAAUGACUUGGGACAAGGUGAAGAGAAAACAAGAGUGAGAUCUCUACCUAUCACUAUAGAGCUUCUCAAAGUGCCUGAUGAUGAUGAUGAUGAGGAGGAGAUGAGCCUUGAAGAAGAUUUGCCACCAGAAGUCUUGAAUCCCCAUGCCUCCAGGGUAUAUAUUGGCGAUGUGCCUUCAGUUACUGUAAUACCAAGCUACAUACCUCAGUCAGUCCAGGAGGAGGAGGAGGAAGAAGAGGAAGACGCCGGCAUUAGUGAUAGUGAUUCAGAAGGGCCUAUACUGUACAAAGAAGAAGAGGAGGAGGAGGAAGAUGAUGAAGAACAAACAAGCUCCCUGGCCAAUAAGGUGAAAAGAAAGGACACUCUGGCAAUGAAGCUUGGUGGAAAAGCCAGUUCACAGGAUCCCAGUACUGAGUUACCUCAGCGAAGUAGGGAAGAGUGGAAUCAAAUCCGACAACAGAUUGGUUCACAGCUGAAUCGAAGACUUAGUCAAAGACCUACUGCAGAGGAGCUGGAGCAGCGGAACAUUUUGCAACAAAAAAAUGAAGCAGACCGGUUAGCAGAGAAACGUGAAAUAAAGAGGCGACUGACACGCAAGCUAAGUCAAAGACCUACAGUGGCAGAGUUGCUGGAAAGAAAAAUCCUUAGGUUUAAUGAGUAUGUAGAGGUGACAGAUGCUCAUGAUUAUGACAGGAGAGCUGAUAAACCCUGGACCAAGCUUACCCCUGCUGACAAGGCAGCAAUUCGUAAAGAACUGAAUGACUUCAAGAGCACGGAAAUGGCUGUUCAUGAUGAAAGCAGACACUAUACACGGUUCCAUCGGCCCUAA